AUGAAUACUAAACCUUCUCAUGGUCCUAUUCAUUUUCGUGCUCCGUCAAAGAUCUUCUGGCGUACUGUUCGUGGAAUGAUACCACACAAGACAAAGAGGGGAGAAGUGGCGCUUGCCCGAUUGAAGGUUUACGAGGGUAUUCCGCCACCAUAUGACAAAAUUAAGAGAAUGGUGGUUCCAGAUGCACUCAAGGUGUUGAGGCUUCAGAAAGGACGUAAGUACUGUCUGCUUGGACAGUUGUCUUCAGAGGUCGGAUGGAACUACUACGACACCAUCAAGGAGCUGGAGAAGAAGAGAAAGGAGAGGGAACAUUUGAAUUAUGAGAAGAAGAAGCUACUCAAUAAAUUGAGGGUUAAAGCUGAGAAGAUUGUAGACGAGAAGCUUGGUCCCCAACUUGAAAUCCUUGCUCCGGUUAAAUACUGA